AGAGAGAGAGAGAGAGAAGAAGAGAUAGAGAGAGGUGAGAGGAGCUGCUCCUGAUGGAGUCCUGCAGGAAGCCCUGGCUCCCUCUGCUACUCCUGCUGCUGCCCUCACUGCAGACCUGCUCAACCUCAUCCAACACACAGGUAUGUAAUAAAGACGUGGACGGCUCCAUAUACGACUAUGGAGCGAACACUAUAAACGGAAGUGUGCACAUCCCUCUGCGGCAGUACGCCGGGAAAUACGUCCUCAUCCUGAAUGUGGCGACCUUCUGAGGACUCACCUUCCAGUAUGUGGAACUGAAUGCACUACAUGACGAGCUGAAGCACAUGGGGUUCACUAUUCUCGGCUUUCCCUGCAACCAGUUCGGGAAACAGGAGCCUGGGGCCAAUUAUGAAAUCCUGCCUGCAUUAAAGUACGUCCGCCCAGGCAACGGGUUCGUUCCAAAUUUCCAGCUGUUUGAAAGAGGUGAUGUGAACGGAGACCAUGAGCAAGCCCUUUUCACCUUCCUGAAGAAUGCCUGUCCACCUGUGGGCGACAGCUUUGGAAACCCCAACGAAAGGCUGUUCUGGGAUCCGCUGAGGGUCAACGACAUUAAGUGGAACUUCGAGAAGUUUCUGGUGGGGCCGGACGGGAAGCCGCUGAGGAGGUGGUUUCCGAGGGUGAACAUUUCCGAAGUGCGAUCCGACAUCAUUCGCCUGAUUCGUCAGCAGUAUUCCCAGCACUAAUCGACUCCAGAAUCUAUAUAGACAAGGUACCACUUUAAAAUAAGGCUCCUUUAUAAAUAGUUUACGAAGGAGUUUAUAAAUAGUUAUUAAUCAAGUUGCAAAUACUUUAAAAACAUUACUAAACAAUCGAUAAACACAAAUAGAUAAAAGAACAGUAACAAUGACCUUUUUAACAUAUUUAAUAAAAUAAUAUAUAACCUCCUGAGACCCGAACAUUUUCUUGAUGUGCAUUUUGAAUGUAUUAUAUCUAUGUGGAAUCUGUAGGACCGAAUAAGUAUUAAAAACUAAACUUUGUCUUUGUACAGAAAUAGUUUUUUUUGCAAAUAACAUUGCCCUAAUAUAGAGAGAACAGUUUAUUUUAACAUUUAAAAUUGAUCCUUGCAAUUUGGGAUCAGAAGAACCCAAUUAGUACAAAAAACUAAAUUUUAGCUUUCUACAGUAAGUAAAUAAAUUAGCUUCAAACGUAAAAUUGAAAAAUAAUUUUUACCUGGCUCAUGUUUCUCUCUGGACUGGCUGUAGAAACAUGUGACUGGGAUUCCCACCAUCUUAUUUUUAAUCAAUUGAGAGUAAUGUUGUCAUGCGACCACCAAAUGGUACACCAAAUGGUUAAAAAAGUGUAGAAUUAUGAUGCAGAAAUGCAGAAAUGUAAUGUAAAUGUAAAGGGUCUCAAGGGGAUAAAGUCAAUUUAGUCCUUUAAUAUGUUUUUUUAUAGCUAAAAAAAUAAAGUUAUUAACUGAACUGAAGUUAAUGAUAACUGGUGGAAAAGAAAAAGUAAGAUAAGUAUCUUUUAGUAGUAAGAUCUGAGGUUUAACAGUAUAAAUUAUAAAUGAAUGUAUAAAGGAAUCACUAUUCGAUACAUGAGAGGCCACUGUUGCCUUUUCUGUUUAUGUGUUGUAGCUGUGUAUUAAUGGUUUAUAACCUAAUUAAUAACCUGUAAUAAACUCCUUCAUAAACUGUUUAUAAACCAUUUAUAAAGAAGCCUUAUUUUAAAGUGGUACCAUAGAAAAAAAUAAAGACAAAUCCUGUCCUGUGUGUCUGUUGAGUUUGGUUAGCAAGCGGUCCACCACUGUGCCAAAAAAAAAAAAAAAAACAAGGGGGGAAAAACAAGUGUAAACUACAGAAUAAUUGUUAUUAUGAGGUUAAUUAUGGUUAAUAUUAAUAUUUUUACCAUAUUGUAGAUGUAUUUACAUCAUUGUUCUUCACGUCCAGUCCUGAAGGACCACAGUACUGAGCAGUUGAGGGUCCAGUUCAAUCAUUCCAAACCCGAGCGCACCCAAAACUAUUAAGGUCUGCUCGGGUGAGGAUGUUCCCUCUACUGUCCAGAAGCUGCCCCUCCAGGACUGGCCGUGUGGAGGAGACUGAGCGGAGAAGUCGAGGUGGAGAUCUCACGCCGGCAGGGCUGUGCUGGUGCUGGAUCCGGAGGUGUGGCGUCUGGAUGAAGGUCAGGUUUGAAAGCAGACCCCCUGCAAAGCCUGACUAGAAGCUUGGGGCCAGAGAGGUUCUUCAGUGCAUUCAGGCCGCUCUGCUGCUUCCAUUAAGCCACGCCCAUUCUCCUGACCCGCCCACCCAGCCCUGCUCCGGCCCUGUGUGUGAUCUUUAUGAUUUUAUCCAUACAAUAAAGCUUUCAAUGCAAGA